AUGUUUUGGCUGCAUCCCGGGGCCGGGUCACCAGCACCACUGCUGCCCAAGGCGGCCUCCUUGUGUGGCAAACCCUGUGCACCCGGCCAGCUCAGCAGGGAGCCUCCACCUCGCAGAAACACGAAACCAUCACUGCUGGCCAAAGGAGCAGCGGCUGUGGCCGGCCACAUCUCAGGAGGUGCUGUGCCCCGUGUAGGGAACACCACGGAGUGUGGGAUGGACGAUGCACACAAAGCCCCUGGCUCACAGUGCCCACGUCCUCCAGGUCCAACAUCCGGAUGCGAGCAGGUCUGCGAGUUUUGGAACGGGCCCUCGGCCAUCACAACGCUCGGGGCAUACUUGCUCUUCAUGAGCACGGGCUUCAUUGAAGUUCCCGGGUUCAGUUUCAGCCAAGUGCUGCCUACCCCUGGUGCUUGUGUCCUGGCGAGUCUCAAUACCCGACCUGCAUCCUGCGGCCUGAUCCCAGAUCUCUCUGUGCCCCGGCGCAGGUUCUCCACUCCAGGCAACAGCCUGUCUCCCCGCACUCGCCCACGUACCGCAUUGACCCAGCGGCCACCCACCGUCCUGGACACCCGCGCUGCCCUUCUCCUCCACAGCCAGGCGCAGAUGCUUCUCCUCAGGUUUGCAGUUAACCCACUCAACAAAUACUUGUUGAAUUCAAUCCUUCAAGAGAUACCUGCUGAGACCCCAGAAUACAUUACGCUGGAAAUCGCAGCCAGGGUCCCUCUCAAGGGAGAGGACAGUGAAAAAGCAAGCUCAGAGGACCUCCAACACGGGCGCUCUGGGAAGACAGGGGAUUCUAGGACUGAGAGUUUGCAGGACGAGCCUGGAGCAUCUUACAGUGUCAGACGGAAAGCAGCCUCACGUGCCAUUUCGCCACUUUGCGAGGAGCCGGCGGCCGGAGGGAGCUCACAGCGAGCUGUAGAAAGCCAGAAGCUCGUCCAGGUUGGGUGCCCGCCGGCUGCGCUCUGCCGCUCGCGACGCAGCGAAGGCACCUACUACGUGCGCCCGCGCUCCUACCCUGCCAGCGCGGGGAUGACAGGCCCAGGCUGGCUGAGUCCCACGGACCGUCACAGUCUGCCUGGAAAGACACUUCCCCGGGACAGGGACGGGCCGGCCCGAGAGCAGCGAGGGGCCCGGUUCCCCGCCGCGCACCGCCCGUGCCAGCGCCCCGCGACCCUCCCGAAGGGGGUCACUUCCUGGGCGCGCCCCGCCCCGGGAGAGCGCUUCG